AUAGUUCAAACUGUCCAAGUUUCAUGUUUUGACGACACAAUAACUUGCCCCUUCUUCGCUCCAUGAACAUCAUUCCCAGUGCUCAAACAAAUUCAGAUUCAGAAUUCCCGAGAGAUUCUUCAUCUUCAUCUUCAUCUUCAUCUUCCAAUUUGAACAAUGACUGAUAACAAUCAUGUCGCCAUUCAACUCGAUCGAGUUCCAAGCACUGACAAAGGAGCCCGUCGCGUCGCCUUCUCCGAUUCCCUCCCCAAACACCGCUCCACAUCCCUCCGCGCCACCAAAUUCGUCUUCUCCCAUCUGCUCGCCUUCUGCGCUUGGAUUUGCCUCGCCGUGUUCGGAAUCGCCAUCACUCUUCUCAUCCUCGGCGUAAUCUUCGUGUCAUUCCUCCAAUCCGGUUUGCCUGAAAUCACCGUCAAAAUGCUCGAUCUCUCCAAAAUCCAGAUUCAAAACUCCACAAAUCAAAAUGUCGCUGUCCUAAACACAAAGGUACGUAUGGCGAUCGAUAUAAAGAACAAGAACGAGAAAUUGGAGUUGAGUUAUAGCGAUCUUAAUAUGAAAUUAGUAUCAGAAAACAUCGAAUUAGGCAGGAAUGUGAUACCUAGUUUCUCUCAAGAACCUGGAAACACCACAUCGCUAAAUGUAACGCUGAAUGUGGAUCGAGAUUCAAUAGAUCGAGACAGUAUAUCGCUGCUUGAAGAUGACAGAAAAAAGGCUCAAGUGGUUGUGAAGAUCACGAUGGUUGGUUCGGUUGGAUUUCAUCUUGGGAUAUUCAAGCUCAACAAGGUGCCGAUCCAUGUGACCUGUAAUUUUCAGCAAUAUCUUCUUCUUUAUCGCGUCAAGGAGCCGCCGUGUAGUAUUACAAUGUUUCCUACCAGGUGAUUGAACACGAAACAGCUAUGAUUCUUCUCAGCUAGAACAAUUUCUUUCUGUCUUUCUUUCUUCCAUUCAUCAAUCGAUCUCUAAUUCUCUGCCUUCUUUUUUCGAUUCUUUUACAGUUUGAUUAACAAUGUGAGUUAUAUUGUACUAUUUUUUUUUUGUUUGUUAGUUAAUAGAGAAAUUUAUGGCUUUCCUCUGCACUU